AUGAACACGGUCAAGCUGGUCAUGCUGGGCGAGGGAGGCGUGGGGAAGACGGCUAUCAGUCUGAGGGUUGCGAUGAACUACUUUGACGUACGACCCCACCAUCGAGGACUCGUACCGGACGACGGCGAAUAUCGAUGGACAGACGUACUUGCUGGAGAUCCUCGAUACGGCUGGGCAAGGGAGGGCGAAGGUUUCCUCGUCGUGUAUUCCACCACCUCCCGCGCCUCCUUCGACAGCGUCGAAAAGUUCUGCCGCCAAAUCGCACGGGUGAAAGACUCGAACCGGGUCCCGAUCGUGCUCGUCGGGAACAAGAUUGACCGGGUGCACGAACGCGAGGUCGAGACGCGGCAUGGGGAGGAGUUGGCGAGGAGGUUGGGGUGCGGGUUCGUCGAGACGAGUGCGAAGACGAGGGAGAACUUGGAGGAGGUUUACUGCACGGCUGUGCGGAUGAUCGAGCAACAAAGAGGUGGCUCGACGGCAAACCCGGUCAAGAAGAAGAAGAAGCCGCGGAAAUGCUCGAUCCUCUGA